AUGAAAAUCUCGUCCCUUUUAAAUAAAGAAGAAGUUUUAGUAACGCUCGUUUUGCAUUCGCUUCAAUUUCAAGUGGCAGUGAGAAGGUUCCGCGUGCCGUUGAGAAAACGAUUGUUGGAUAAUAAACAACAAAGUAGCACAAUUCAAAUGACUACAAAAAUAAAAAUCACGCAAAAUCUUCCGCUACUUUCCAAAACCGGUAUUAUAAAAAUUCUUCAGAGUUGCCUGAGGGAAAAUUGCAUAUCCGAGAUAAGAACGUAA